UUUUUAAGGAGCUCCACACUUCACAGCCACAGCAACGCUGAUCCAGCACCCUCAGGUGACCUACACUGGCUAAAAAAGUUUCCACAGCGAGUCACACAGCAGCGAUACUCACAAUGGUGAGAGGUAGGAGAAGCAGGGAGCCCCCGAGGCAUCUGGCAGAUUUCUUCUUGACAGCUGAGGGCGGUGGGAAAGAUAAGCCAGCGCGCCAGACAUCGCGCUCCUCCAGCUGCAGCAGCUCCCCCUCGGCAUUUAUAGAGGAGGAAGAAGAUAAGAGAAAAGCAGCACCACUAGCAAAGCUGCAAGCUCCAGGCAGAGACACAGCCACAAAUGGGAGUAAAAGCACUAAACCUGCAAGGUCAAUGCAGAGAUCAAAAAGCCUCAAUAUAACACAGCAGGAGAUUCUGCAAGAGGAAGAAGAUGCAGCCUUCUCAGAUGCCUCAGAAUCUAGAACAAGGAUGGACAAUAACCAAUCUCCUUCAUAUGAGGUAGGAGCUUCCGCUUCUCCAUCGCCCCACACUAUGGGAGUAUUUGCCCAUAUACCCACUUCUAAUGACGUUAUCACGGUAGACUUGAUGAAAGAAAUGCUAAUGGCUUUAAAUGGCUCCAUCAAAGCUGAUAUUACACAAAUGUGCAAUGCUCUUUCCACAAACAUAGAAGAGCUGGGAGACAGGGUUAACCACAUUGAAAAUAAAAUGGCGGAAUAUGCAGGCGCACACAACACCCUGGUAGACGCACAUAACUCCCAAGAAGAUGACAUCACAGCUAUUAAAGCGAAACUCGCAGACCUAGAAGAUCGCUCUAGGCGAAACAAUGUAGAAUUUAGGGGGAUCCCUGAGACAGUGCCCCCAGGAGAACUCUCUAAAUAUCUACAAAAAGUGAUGCAAUCCCUGCUACCAGAAGCCUCACCUCUCGACCUCACUGUGGACAGAGCACACAGACUUCCAAAACCCAAAACCAUCCCAGAAAACAAGCCGAGAGACGUCCUCGCCCGUAUCCACUUCUACCAUAUCAAAGAAGAAAUUAUGUCUGCGGCGAGAAAACUGCAAUCUCUACCCGAACCAUAUGGGCACGUUAUCCUAUUCACCGACCUUUCACAAGCAACUAUACUGGAAAGAAAGAAAUUCUAUCCAAUAACUUCAUGCCUGAGAGAAAAUAAGAUUCCUUACAGAUGGGGCUUUCCUACUAAUUUAAUCCAACAAAAAGAAGGGACAACUCACAUCAUCCAAAACGUGGAUCAAGGGCAAAAAUUGCUCAAACAAUGGCAACUCAAUACCAUGGAUACAAUCACUACAAGAAAGAAGAAAGAACUCUCCACUAUACAAGAAGAAUGGAUCUCGAACCCUCAGAAGACCUGA